AUGGACUUUCAAAAUAUGCUGCAGUUUUCGAAAGUCAGAAUAUGCCAUAAUGUUCCAAUACAGCAUACACUGAAAAGCGACAGCCUACCAUUGGAAAAAAAUAACAAAAUGAUUCAGCACCUGAAUUAUCGGGUGCGAAUCGUUUUGCAGGACUCUCGUACAUUCAUCGGAACUUUCAAAGCAUUUGAUAAGCACAUGAAUUUAAUAUUGGGCGACUGCGAAGAGUUUCGCAAAAUAAGGUCCAAGAACUCGAAAGUUCCCGAACGAGAGGAAAAACGUGUCCUAGGCUUUGUUUUGUUGCGUGGUGAAAAUAUAGUUUCUCUGACAGUGGAAGGACCUCCACCUCCAGAGGAAGGACUUCCUCGAGUGCCAAUACCAGGAGCAGCCUCAGGGCCAGGCAUUGGUCGCAUAGCUGGCAGAGGUGUACCCCUGAACAUGUCGUCAGUGCCAGCAGGACUACAAGGACCAGUGAGGGGCAUAGGAGGGCCAGCUCAACAACAUAUGGCUCCAAUGGGCAGAGGCGUGCCACGAGCGCCCAUGAUGGGAGCACCUCCCCCAGGAUUAAUUCCUGGUGGUAUUCCUUCAUUACCAGGGAACCUUGGUCGCGGCGCUCCACCUCCAAUGAGAGGACCUCCACCUGGUAUAAUGCGUGGCGUACCUCCUGCUGGUAGAGGUGGCUUUUAAAAUAUAUUCCCGAGUGUAUUUCGUCAAUACAAUUUCAAUAAAGUACUUUACAUACAUAUAAUA